GCACAGUGGGGGCCAGUCUGGCAUCUGGCACUGAGGGGGCCACACUGCCUGCACACCUUCCGGCCUCACUGGAUAACGUGCCGCACAACAGGAGAGUCACGGUGCUCGCGGCUCCUGGGUGUGUAUCAUGUUACAAGCGUUCUUGGUGCUUCGUGUUCUCUGUCGCUGAACCAUGACGAGCCUUGAGAAAUAUGUCAUUCAGUAGUGACGGUCGACACUGUGACCCCACACGUGUCUGCCCCUCGACACUGUGACCCCACACGUGUCUGCCUCUCGACAUAGAUCAUUCCAAUAGUCAGCAUUUCGACAACGCUGCGGAGGGCGAGUGAGAUUACAUACGUCCAUAAGAGCCAACGUCGACAGUACCGACGCAGAGUCGACAGCAUCGCCGCAGAGUCGAUAGCUCUGCCGCAGGAUCGACAGCAUCGCCGCAGGGUCGACAGCAUCGCCGCAGGGUCGACAGCUCUGCCGCAGCGUCGACAGCAUCGCUGCAAAAUCAACAAUAUCGCCGCAGUGCCGACAACACCGCCGCAGGGUCGACAACACCGCCAAAGGAUCGACAACACCGCCAAAGGGUCGACAACACCGCCAAAGGGUCGACAACACCGCCAAAGGGUCGACAACGCCGCCAAAGGGUCGACAACGCCGCCAAAGGGUCGACAACACCGACAGAGGGUCGACAACAUCAACAGAGGGUCGACAACACCGCCAGAGGGUCGACAACACCGCCAGAGUGUCGACAACACCGCCAGAGUGUCGACAACACCGCCAGAGUGUCGACAACACCGCCAAAGUCUCGACAACACCGCCAAAGUGUCGACAACACCGCCAAAGUAUCGACAACACCGCCAAAGUAUCGACAACACCGCCAAAGGAUCGACAACACCGCCAAAGGAUCGACAACACGGCCAAAGGAUCGACAACACCGCCAAAGGGUCGACAACACCGCCAAAGUGUCGACAACACCGCCAAAGUGUCGACAACACCGCCAAAGUGUCGACAACACUGCCAAAGUAUCGACAACACCACCAAAAGGUCGACAACACCGCCAAAGGGUCGACAACACCAACAGUGUCGACAACACCGCCAAACGGUCGACAACACCGCCAAACGGUCGACAACACCAACAAAGUGUCGACAACACCGACAAAGUGUCGACAACACCGCCAAAGGGUCGACAACACCCUACUAGUGUUAUCUUGUAACUAACAAACCGGAAGAGGACAAAAAUACAACGAUACCAAUAGUAAAGAAACUCGAACCAAAAUACAGUAGUUGUACUGACCAAAAUUAAUUAUUACGCGAAUUAUUUAAAUUAUAUUCAUAAAAUUUAAGUUUUUCGUAGGGAAAAACAUAUUUAGCGUCCGACAAAUAAAUAAUUAAUGGAAAGCAGUUAAUAGUAUGCGAGUUCAAGAAAGUUAAAUAAUGAUGUGACAGACUGGGUUGUAUUAUAAUGCAAACAUAUACUCAGUUUGGGACAACAUAAUUACUGCCACCGUCUGUAGUUACUGCACUAUCUACUGCGAUGGAACUCCAUCUGAAGCAAAGAUACUCGUAUGACUUUAUUAAGAACAUAUAAGCCAGAUAAUUUAACAUAAUCUUGGCUGAUCGAGCGAUGGAAUGCCAGUAUAGGAAUGGUGGUGGAGGAGGCCCCGGAGAGGCAGAACCCAAGAGUCGGCGCCCGACCGUGAGUCACGCUCACCCCCCUUCCCCGUGACUCUCACUCGCCACAGUUUAUAGGUGGCUCAAGAUGGGCAAAUGCAGCUGGACGGGGUUCGAGCGAGCGGUGAAGCUAGUGAUCACCUUCGUGUUCAGCCACGUGGGCCUCUGUGCCUUCGUUGCCGGAUACUCGGUGGCGGGAGCCUUCCUCUUCAGGGAGCUGGAACAGAAGCACGUCGAGAAGCACUAUGAGCCGGCCCCCCACCGCGCGGCUUGUCUUCGUGACCUCUACUACAUCACCGGGAGAGCGGGAGAGGAGCUCAACUCGCCCGACUGGCGUGAGAUCUUCAACUCAUCACGGUGGCAGGAGGAGGUUGAGAAGCGUCUGGAGGAAUUCGAAGAACGACUAGUGAGAGCUGCGAGCAAUCAACUGUAUGACCAGGGACCUGACAAGCAGCGAGAGAAAUGGAACGUCAUUGGCUCCCUCUUCUACUGCGUAACUGUCAUCACUACCAUAGGUUACGGUCAUGUGUCUCCGAGAACGUGGGAGGGCAAGAUGGUGACCAUCGUGUAUGCCAUCAUUGGCAUCCCACUCAUGCUGCUCUGUCUCUCUAACAUCGGUGACUCCAUGGCCACCUCCUUUAGGUUCAUGUACCGACGUGUCUGCUGCGUCUGCUGCAGGAGCCGGGAGGACGGGGGCGGCCCAGGCACCACACCCACCUUACAGGAAGCCAGGGGGUCGCCAGAGUCUGCAAGUCCACGGCCCUACACGCCACCACCAAGAUACAAACCUAGCCGGCGCAACAUGCUCAUCUCUCCGCCAAUCUCUGCCACCAUACAUCGAGGCUCAGAUAACUCCUUUGAGACUCCAUCUCUGAUAGAGCCCUCCAACUCAUCAAAACCUUCUACUCCACGGUAUCCCCGCCCCUCUCAAACACAAAUGACUCUUCCCGAUGCAGAGGCCAACCGCAUUGUGGCAGAGUGUGCAGCUUAUACCAACACCAGUGUACCCGGCCUGGUCGUCACUUCCCUCGAGACGUCCCACAAGGAUCGCCACGACUAUGACACGUUGCCACUUCAAACUCAGUUAUCGUUACCCAUGUCGGCCAGCCACACACCAGAACCAUCAGCGCCAUCUUCCCCCAUGAGUCGAGACGCACCUACAGAAUGGAUAGUACGAAAUGGAUCACAUGGCGGUCCUCACAUAGUGAUUGAGGUCGAGAGUGAGCAGCCGCCUUCCAAUUAUUCAAGACCAGUCUCUCCUACACUUACCGCAUCAACACAUCACGCCUCCAGUCUCUCUCUGACUGCCAGCAGUAUAAGCCGUCCAUGGCCCAGACAAGAUUAUAGCCCAUCUAUUGGAGGUCUGAUGCCUUAUGGAAGCGAGGCAGAUGACUCGCAGUGUGUCCGUAUUAGAGAGAAACCACCUUAUUCCCCAGGAAAAACCUUAGUAGUGUAUAACACAUUAUCAGGAGAUGCCUUACUUGAACAGAGUAAAGUUGCACGCAAGACGGCACUUAUGAAUAAAGGAGGAUUUGGUCAAUUGCGCGGUGAUGCAACAACGGUUUUUACUGACCCAAUCUCCGGGCAAUCAGUAAACGGAGACAUGCUCGGACUCAGCUAUAGACCAAUCCCUCCAGACACGUCAGACGUUGAUAAUCGUGUACCCAUUCCUAUUGUGUUGACUUUUGUUGCCUCUUACAUAGGAAUUGGGGCUCUGUUGUUUGGGUGGCUAGAAGACUGGUCCCUGCUUGAUGCUGGAUACUUCUGUUUCAUCACUCUUUCCACCAUAGGUUUCGGUGACUUUGUACCUGGCAAGUCAUUAGGUUAUGAAACACAAGAAGCUCAAAUAAAACUAGUAACUGGAUCUCUUUAUCUCAUGUUUGGUCUAGCUGUUCUUGCAAUGUCCUUUAAUCUAGUUCAAGAGGAGGUUAUCAUAAAGUGUAAAGCAUUUGCACUCUGGAUAGGACUUAUGAAAGAGUAAUUAUGUAACUAGGCAUGUAAUGUAAAUACAUUAUGUAAUGUAAGUAUAAUGUAAUCGUAUCAUCCUCUGCAAAUGACACUAGGAUUUUAUGAGUAGACAAAAUAAAGAAAAUAGAAACCUCAAAUAUGAUGUAAAUCAGGUCUUUCAAUGAGGAACAUAAAAUAAUAUGGUGUUUAAUGAAGAUAAGUUCCAGUUCCUGCACAAUGGAAAAAACGAAAAUAUAAAAAUAGAAACUACAUAUAAAAUGCAGUCAAAUCAUAUUGUAGAACGAAAAAGCAAUGUUAAGGAUCUGGGAGUAAUGUCAUUAGACCUCACCUUCAAAGAACACAAUAAAGUAGCAGUCACAACUGCAUGAAAAAAUACAGGGUCGAUAACAAGAACCUUUCAAACAAAGGAUGUCAUACCAAUGAUGCACACCAUUUUCUCUGUCAUACCAAUAAUUAUUCUUUUUAAGAUACUAGUGCUCUAUAGAGUGGAGUAUUGUUGCAUAUUAACAGCCCUUUUCAAGGCUGAAGAAAUUGCUGACCUGGAGAGCAUGCAAAAAUCCUUUACUGCUACAAUCCACUCAAUAAAACAUUAAAAUAUUGAGAACCAUUAAAAUGUUUAAACCUGUAUUCCCUAGGGUGUAGGCGGGAGAGAUACAUAAUAAUUUACACUUCAAAAAUAUUAGAGGGACUGGUUUCAACUCUGCACAUAGAAGUAACAUCACACGAGACCAGGAAGCAUGGUCGGAUGUGCACAAUACCCCAAUUGAAAAGCGGGAGUACAAUAGGUACUGAGAGAGAACUAUCAACAUAAGGGGCCCAAGACAAUUUAGCAUGCUUCUGCUACAUACACGGUAUAACUAGCCGACCUCUCACGGUGUUCAAGAGAACUCGAUAAAUCCUUCCAAAGGAUACCUGAUAAACCAGGCUGUGAUUCAUACAUCAGGCUACAAGCAGCUGCAUCCAACAGACUGGCUGACCAGACAACAAACCAGGAGGCCUGGUCAGGAACCUUGACCCCUGGAAUCACUGCAAGGUGGUAGCAAUUAAGGGGCCAGGAGCACAAUUUAUCAAUCUUCCUCAAGUAAUUAUCAAAAGAAGGCACCAAACCGGGAACCUUCCUCACACACACGCAAAUUUGUUGUGCAUAAUCUAUAUGGUAAAUGCUCCAACUUUUCCUAAUGGAUCAAUAUAGUAAUAUGUACAGGAAAAAGAAAUAUAAAAAAAAAAAAAGUUGAAAAAUUCACCAAUUUUAAAAUGUCACCAAUUUUUAUUUUAUUCAAUAUGGGCUCAGAAUGGCAUAUUACAUUAUUUUCAUUUCUUUAAAAUAAUGUUUUAGAGAUAACUGACGUUGAAGUUAGCAACAAAUAAUACAGUAGUUUAAUUUAUCAAUUUACUUGUGCGUUUUAAUAAACAUUGCUUGGAAUUCGUACUCGAAUAUGUGAAAUUUGUAGGUCAGUGUGUUGAAAUGAAACUUCAUUCAAACUUUACAUACAUAGUGAUGGGUAUGCAUUCUCCAAGAUGUAGACGCUGCAACAAAACUAAAUUAUGAACAAAGGAGAAAAAAAAUCCAAAAACAACAAAUUUGCAACAAAAAUAGAAAUUGGUGAAACUAACACAUAUUGGCAUGGGCAAUGUAUUUAUAUGAUACAUAACAAAAUACAGCAUAGUAACAUACUUACUCAUUAUUAUUCGUGUUAUGUAUUACACAGUAAUGCAAGAAAAGCACCAGCUGCAUAUCCACUUUGUGGACCCUCCUUACUACUAUUCUUCUUUGUGCGUCGGACAGGUGCUUGCAUCUCUAUCACUGCAUUAUCCCUCAGUUCCAGUUAAUAAGAACUGUUCUCCUUAUAAGCAUGCUUUUUUUCUUAAUAUUCAUAUAAAAUCCAUUUCUUAACAUAUAGGGGAAAACUUUCAUGAUGCUGAUGCCAAAUAACAUGAGAUUUAACAGUUUUCAUAUUUUCCAUAUUUGGACAAAUAUUUUUGUGCACCCGGCCCCUUAAAGGUAAGGUAAUCAGGCCUUCACCAAAGAUUCUUGUUUUUAAAAAUUUACAAGCAUUUUCAAAAUUUAACUAUAAAGUGAUUUUUUUGGAUUAUUGUACAUAAAUUUCAUUAUAGAUUUCUGUAAUAUUUGUUUCCGUACGAAAUAAAAUGUACAAGAAAUCAAAUACAGUAUAGUUUAUGCAGCUACGAAGUGCUCAAAUAAACACGGAACACAUUAACUCUCAGUUACUGCUCAAAAGCUAAAAUUCAAUCCUUGAAUAUUAGAAAAUCAUAUAAAAAUAAUAUAUAAAAUAUCGUGCAACACAUUCUCAAUUAAAGACAAAGUCUAUGGCUGUGAUAAUUUAAUUCUCGGCAUAAUUAGUGUGUUUUCAGCUGCAGUAUUUUACAAUUUAUGAACUGAUCAAACAUAGUUCAAUCAAUGCAUACUAACUCACAGGUAAAGCAUUUUAAUUAUAGAGAUUUAAAAAAUCUUGUAAUAUAACUUUAGCAGAUGUACCUGUGUAUAUAUCCAGCACACUGUGUUGUCCAAAUGGAAGUAUUUUCCAAGGGGUUAUAAAAUUAAGCAACUCUAAUAAAACUUAACUUUCAAAUAAUUAGUCACAAAACCACAAUCACUUGUAAACAUUUACAUAAGAUAUUCACACAUGUAAGACAUACACAAAACAACAACACGCACGUACGUAUGUAUAUAUACUCGAUACAUCAUCAUCAAUACUGUACAUUAUCAAUGUGUUGAUUAACACAAUUAAAGCACUUAAGUCAA